CGCUGCCUGACACAAGCAACAGAGCCAGCAGAGCAAACACAGACCGAUCUGAAAUACACCUUUACGGCCAACCUCCAGCUCCAAGAAUGCAGGGCUUGUACAUCUUGCUAAGUUUACACCUGUUUGCAACGGGCCUCUGCAGCCUCCUGCAACACAAACAGACAGAUUUGGGUUUGCGCGUCUUCACCGAGGUGUCCCAGUCCUCUGCCAACCAAAACCUGGCAAUCUCACCCUAUGGCGUGGUGUCGGUGCUGGGAAUGGUGCAGCUGGGGGCUGCUGGGACCACUCUGGACACAAUGGUCUCCAAAAUGGGCUUCUCUCUGCAAGAGCGCGGAAUGCCCCGGAAGAUGCGUCUCCAGCAAAGGGAGCUGUCCAUGGAGGACGCCAUGCAGCUGGUCAAUGGCGUGAUGGUGGACAGGAAGCUGGUUUUGGAGAAGGCCUUCAGACGGGGGUUAUCCAAGGCUUUCCAGAGCACUCCCCAUCAGAUGGACUUUUCCAACCCAGACAAAGCCUUGGAGGUCAUCAACUCAUGGAUGUCAGACAACACAGAAGGUAUGAUCCCUCAGUUCCUCUCAUCUGGAGCUCUGACCGAACAAACCCGACUGGUGCUGCUGAACGCCAUCCACUUCCGAGGCCUGUGGAAGGUGCCCUUCAAUCCUCAGAUGACCUAUGAGAGGCUGUUCCACUGCGCCAACGGGAGCACCGUGCCUGUGCAGAUGAUGAGACUCGUGAACCGCUUCAACUACGGUGACUUCAUCACAGAGGAAGGCGUGGAGUACGACGUCAUUGAAGUUCCCUAUGAAGGAGAUACCCUGAGCAUGAUGCUCGUGUCUCCCUUUGAGCAGGACGUUCCCCUCUCGGCUCUGACCAAAUAUCUGGGGGCAGAAAGGCUGAAGCAGUGGAGCAAUGGCAUGAAGAUGGUCAACCGGCAGCUUGCUCUGCCAAGGUUCUCCAUAGACACACAGUUGGAUCUCAAGCCCGCCCUCUCCAGAAUGGGGCUUGGACAGCUCUUCAGUGAAGAGAAGGCCGACUUCUCCCGCAUCACCAAUGAGGAGCCCCUGUGUGUGUCAGAAGUUCUGCAGAGGGUGAAGAUCGAGGUGAACGAAGAAGGAACCAAAGGUUCUGCUGGCACAGCUGCCAUACUUUUCUCCCGCAUGGCUGUUGAAGAGAUCACCCUGGACCGUCCCUUCCUCUUCCUAAUUCAACAUAAGCCCACAGGUGCUGUACUCUUCGCGGGUCAAGUGAACCAGCCAGAGGAGCACUGAACCAGAUCAGCAGCUACACACACUUGUGACCUUAUGACACAUUCCUUUGUUGCAUCUCUCAGUUUCCAGGCCUCAGGCUGUUAACCCGUAAGAUCAGAAGUUGCUGUAGGUCGUUUAUUUCCAGCUUCUGAUAUUUUUACCAUCAGCAUAUUCCAUGUGAUACAUAUUUUUCAGUCUUUCAGUCAUUUUGUCACUGCUUUUAAUGCACUGGAUUUUCUUUUAUUUGAAUUUUUUUCUUUUUUUGAAAGCUCUGCUUAUUUUUGUAUGUGGGAUUUUCUUGAUGUAUAUAUUAGUAUGUAAGCUGUUUAAAAUUCAGGGAUCAGUAACUUGAAAGUGUUAUUGUUUCAGCUGAAUUAUUGAGCAGACCUGGUUCAAAAGUCAGCAUCGCUCAAAUGUACAGGAAAAUUUACAAAUGAGUGAAGAAUUAGGUAGUAUGCAGAAUACGGUAUAGGAGUAUUUGAAAUACUGAAACUUUGCUAACACCUUUGCUAGGAUGAAGAUGCUAUAUUUGCCAUUAAUGGUAGAUAUGACUAAAACACUUGAUGUUGACUGGAGAUUAAAGGAGAAGAUUCUUAACAAAAUGCACUGCCAGAAAGUUUGAGGAACAGGAGGUCUAAGGCGUGAGAUUCGUCUCUCAGACAUCUAGAGCUUUAUAUACGAUAUAAAAAAAGAGCGACGUUUACCUUGUUUACCCCUCUGUAAGUGGGAUUCCUGGAACAUUCCUCUUUGUGCUAGAAAUUCUAAACUCAAGACUUCUCUGACUUCUACAUUGAAGGCUAUAACCUGAAGGUAUAACUGAAAUGUAUGUACUUACUGUUUAUUUUCAAACUGCCUUUGUGUUUCCAGAAAAUAUUUUUGUCAAAAGUUGUA